AUGCUGAGUGGCUCUGGCAACUGCUGUGGUUGAAGGUUGUUAGUCAUCUGCUGCUACUGCAGGAGACACAGGAGUGCUGAGCCAGAGCUGUUCAUCCAGCCCUCUUGGUCCUCCUAGGCCAGCAGGAUGAAGGAGGCUAGGAAAACAUUUCUUAAUCUACUUUUCAUCCUCUGGCUCUUUCUUCUGUUGAAGACUGCCUCUUCCUCCCCUCCACCUUGUGGAAAGGACCCACGACCCCCUUCGCUCCCCUUUGGGCUAUACAAAGGACACACCUGUGUUGGAUGUGUGCUUGUGGUAUCUGUCAUCGAACAGCUCGCACAGUGGCACAACAGUACAGUAAAGGCAGCCAUGGAGAGACUGUGUGACUACAUACCUGAAAAACUACAAGGUUUCUGUUAUGUGCUUGCUGAACUUUAUGGACCACACAUAACUGAACUCAUAGUCAGGGAAAUGAAUGCUGAUGUGGUUUGCCAUUCCUUGAGGAUGUGUAAACAGGAUCCAGGACAGCUCCUUUGUCAUCUCUACUCUCCUCCAAAGGUGGGACUGAGUGUUGCAAUAAGAAAUGCAAAAAGAAUUAUGAAGGCUUCCAAGGACCUGAAAAGCUUCUUGGGGUUCUCAAGUGUAUGUGCAUUUCCUCUUCUGGCUAACCUGUGUGAGAAGAUUAAAUAUGUUCUAAGAAAUAAACUGCCUUUUGAAGAUUUUGACGGAGAUAAAUUUAGUACUUUCCCAACCUUGAGGGGCUAUCACUGGCGAGGCAGAGAUUGCAAUGACAAGAACACAGCCGUGUACCCUGGCAGACGUCCUGAUAAUUGGGAUGCAAAAAGUGACUCUAACUGCAAUGGCAUAUGGGGUGUGGAUCCAAAAGAUGGAAUUCCCUAUGAGGAGAAAUUCUGCAAAGGUGCAGACUCAAAAGGUGUUGUGCUCUUGGGAGACUCAGCUGGUGCUCACUUCCACAUCCCUCCAGAGUGGAUGACCGUCACACAGAUGUCAGUGAAAUCAUUUGCUACUCUCCCCAUGGCAUUCAGUGAUGAGCUUGACUGGCCCCAGUUCUCAGAGGUUACUGGAUUUCUGAAUUCUACCAUCGGAGGGUGGACAGACUCUCUGUAUCUACGUUUGCGCAAGAGAAAUCGCUGUAAUCACAGAGACUUGCAGAACAUUUCCAAAAAUGGUGGUUCUUCAGGAAACAUCCUCUCUUUAAUAAAUAGUUUGGCCAGAAACCAGCUGUUGGACAAUCCAGCCAUAGUUAUCUAUGCUACAAUUGGGAAUGAUGUCUGCAAUGGGGAACGUGACACACUGGCCCACAUGACCACACCCAAAGAAAUGCUCUCCAAUGUGGUGCAAGCUCUGCGUUAUCUGGAUGCCCAUCUUCCAAAUGGCAGCCAUGUGAUUUUAACAGGCUUGGUGGAUGGUCGCUUCCUCUGGGAUAACCUGCAUGACAGAUACCAUCCUCUAGGACAACUCAACAAGGAUGUCACAUACAGUCAACUCUACUCUUUCCUCGACUGCCUCCAGGUGAGCCCCUGCAGCGGCUGGCUGACACCCAAUGAGACCCUUAGGAAUCUGACCUCAGAGCGAGCAUUACAACUUUCCAAUGUCCUGAAAGAAAUAGCAAGAUCUGAGAAAUAUGCCAACUUUGAUAUUUUCUACAUGGAUUUCCCACUGAGACAAAUGGCCGAGGAGUGGCGCAAGAUGGGAGGUGAGCCCUGGCAGCUGAUCGAAUCAGUUGAUGGCUUCCACCCCAGCCAGAUUGCUGCAGCCCUUGGAACAGGCAUUACCUGGCAGAGGGUGCUACAUGAGUGGCCUCAAGUGCUUGGCAAGGAGAAUCCAUUCAACAACGAAAUUGAAGCCAUAUUCAAAGAUCAAGGUGGACACUGA